AUGCCAAAAUAUGUUAAAUUUUUUAAGGAUAUUUUGACAAAGAAAAGGAGAGUCAACGAGACGGAAGUAACUGCACUAACGCAGGAGUGCAAUGCGUUAGUCAGCAACAGAUUACCCAAGAAACAGAAGGACCCGGGAAGCUUCACAGUCCCGUGCUCGAUCGGAGGGUUGGAUGUGGGACAUGCAUUGUGUGAUUUGGGAGAAGGCAUUAACCUCAUGCCACUCUCAAUCUUCAAGAAAUUGGGAAUUGGUGAAGCACAACCCACUUCUGUAACUCUUGAACUCACUAACAGGACGAUCAAGUACCUUGAAGGAAAGAUUGAAGACGUUCUAGUAAAAGUUCACAACUUCAUAUUCCCAACGGAUUUCAUCAUCUUAGACUAUGAAGCAGACAUGGAUGUACCAAUUAUUCUUGGACGACCCUUUCUAGCAACUGGGAAAGUAUUAAUAGACGUGCAUAAGGGAGAAUUGACCAUGCAUGUAGACAAUCAGGAAGUGAAGUUUAAUGUGUUAAACAUAUUAAAUUUCCCGGAUAGUGAAGAAUGUCAACUGAACAUAAUAGAGUUGCCUGAAAAGGAAGUGCCCAAGUUUGCGAGGUCCUCGCGUUGGAAGAAAACAUGA